AUGUUUUCUGCUUGGUUGUCUUCUUGGUAUAAUGGUAAUAACGUCCAACAACAAGCAUUUAUUAAUAGUUAUGAACAACAGCAGAGAUAUGAGGAAACAACUACAACUGUUGAAGGAGAUUGGGUAGAAAUAAUUUCGUCCUCUACAGAAAAGUUGGAAGAACAGCCUAUUAUUACUAGUAAAGUGCUACCUAUUACUACGAUUGACAGUACCAUAAAUCAUGAUAGUAAUAAAAUAAAUACUAAUAGUAAGCCGUUGUCACGACAAGAAAGAAGAGCUAAAGCACGUUUAGCCUUAAGGGAAGAAAAAAAACAAGCAAGGAAGACUGCUAUGGCUUUAAAGCGUAGUAAUACUAGAAUUACAGCAAAAGGUUUAUCUUCAUCUACUUCUACUUCUUCAUGUUUACCUUCAACUCCUCUAACUACCACUAAUUAA